GUCCCGUGUAACACCUGCUCUUACUAGACUUAACAACCUUGGGCAUUGCCUCUUGGGAAAUGUAGUUUCUAAGCCGCCGAGCCCCUCGACGUCUGACUUCAUUAGAACUACCUAUCCCACCGGCCUUUGCGAAAGGGCGGGAGUAGGCGAGGAGUCACGGUCAGCGUGGAUACUUAGAGCUUUGAAAUUCCAAUUUGCCCCCGAGGCGUGUGUAGCUGAGGUUUAAACUGCUGAACGAAGUGAGCAGUCUUGCUGUUGCUUCAGCACACCCUCUUAAGUGUCUCCCUUCUGACUUGCGCCGGCACAGCGGCCAAGUCGACUGGCCGUGGCGAGACUAGCCUGUGGCUGAGGUGAUCUGAGGGAGCGUGAGAGCACGCCAUGUUCGUCCCCUGCUCGGGAUGGGGGCUGGGCUGCCUCCGGCUCUGUCUGCUCCGAGUGUGGGCCAGCGAGGUCGCGGGGCGCUGUGCGUGCGGGGCCUGUCAGGCCCGGCUGUACGGCUCAGGUGGGUCCCAGCCCGACGUCUCUCGGUCUGGUCCCGCGCGCCGGACUCUGAAGGAGUGGGCACUUCUGGUGAGCCCUUUCGGCCGGCUGCGGACGCGGCUCCCGUGCUCCCUAGCCGUGAGGCCCUUGGACCCUCUCACCUACCCGGAUGGCGACCGCGUGCUGGUGGCGGUGAGCGGAGUGGAGGGUGGGGCCGUGGCCAGCUUGCAGGUGAGGUACGACGAGGCGCAGAAGGAGGUGGCCAUCGUGUCUGACGUCAUCGACCCCCAGGCGUCCGUGGAAGUGAACGCGCCCCUGAAGUUUGAUUUGAAUAUCAAGUCAUCAGGGUCUGGCUGUGUAAAAGUCCAAAAUAUUGAGUGUGAUAAUUGCAAAAUUGAAACUGAACAGGGGACCAGCAUCUUACAGUCAGUUAAGAGUCAAAAAUUACAUAUUCAAACAAAAGGAGGUAAAGUGAUCUGCCUGGGAACAGUUUAUGGAAAUAUAGAUAUUCAUGCAUCAGAUAAAAGUACUGUGACCGUAGAUAAACUGCAGGGAAGUUCUGUUAAUGUAUCUACUGAAGAUGGUUUGCUGAAAGCCAAGUGUCUUUACACAGAAUCAUCGUUUCUGUCUUCUGCUGCUGGGGAUAUUACAUUAGGAAGUGUUCAUGGUAAUAUAACAUUACAAAGCAAGAUGGGUAACAUCACAGUAGAUUCGUCUUCUGGAUGUCUAAGUGCCUCGACUUAUCAGGGUGCCAUAGAUGUUUAUGUCAGCCAACUGGGAAAAGUGGAAUUGAAAUCCCAUAAAGGAUCUGUUCUUGUCAAGGUUGCAUCUUCUCUUCAAGCUUAUUUACAGUUAUCAGGGAAAGAGAUUGAUGUGAACUCAGAAGUCCAUGUUGAAGAAAUGGAUGAAGCUCAUAAAGAUGACGGUAUAAUAAUUACUGGAAAUGGCUGUAUCCACUCCAGCCUCCAGCAGCCACCAGCCUAAUCAGUCAGCAGCCAUGAACACUGAAGCAAGACCCUCCACCAGCAAAAAGAUUAUUAAUUGCUAGUCAGAUAAUGGUUAGCAUUUUUUGUUUUACUCUUUAUAAAUUUUUAUUAUAUAAAAAAUUUAUAAAAUUUUAAAUUAUGCUUGUAAAUGGAUGCUAUGAGGAAGAUGCAUGCUUACCUCAUUGGUUAUUAUGAAGCUUCUUAGGCCAUUUAAUUAUUUUUCUGUUAUUUGUUACUAUAUCUUAUACUCUAGCCCCUAUUUCCUAAACCAGGAAGGACCAGAUUUUAGAGCAAAGUUUAUUUCCUGCCCACAGUCCAAGAAUCUGGGUACUGAUCAGCAGAUUUCUUCUGGAGAGUAGCACAUGAUGUACGAUGAGGUUGGGCCCCAGGUUGUCUCUGAUAGUAGAUUAAAUCCGUUAAAGUAAUCGUACAGAGGGACUUCAGAUAAACACAACAGUCUCCUGUAGAGAGAGCUGUAUGAACAAGUUAUUGAGUUUAGAGAAACUUUUGUUUCAUUUUGAUUCCAAAACUGGUGCCCAAAAGGCCACAGACCUUAUUUAUCAAGUGGAUAUCAAGUGGAAUAAUUUGAGGCCUAGAAAAUUAAAGCAGUUUGCUUUUUCUAUGGAGAUUUCCAAUCUGAAACCCAAGUUUGGAAGUAAUGAGCAACUUUAUGUGUCAGUUGUUAUUAUAGGCAGCUGAGCUCAGCUCUUUUGGGCCACCAUACAGAGCCUAUGAGGCAUAGAAACAGAAAUACUCUCACUGCUAAGAGGUCUGGAUUGUAUCUGUUGAAUGAUUUCUGCAAGAAACCAUGCCAAUAAACUUUAGUUCUUGGGGCUCAGGCUUCCCACAGGGUUUGAUGUGUCAGCCCUGUAAUUUUAUUUAAAUUCCUGCUCCAUGGUUUCCCUUGUUGUUGCCGUCACUGGUAAAUAACUGUGUAUUGUGUAAUUCUUUUUUUUUUGAAUUUUAUUUUAUUUUUUUAUACAGCAGAUUCUCCAAUUUUAUACACAUCAAUAUACACAUGUCAAUCCCAAUCGCCCAAUUCAUCACACUACCACCCCCACCCCUGCACCACUUUCCCCCCUUGGUGUCCAUACGUUUGUUCUCUACAUCUGUGUCUCAGUUUCUGCCCUGCACACCGGUUCAUCUGUACCAUUUUUCUAGGUUCCAUAUAUGCGUUAAUAUACGAUAUUUGUUUUUCUCUUUCUGACUUACUUCACUCUGUGUGACAGUCUCUGGGUUCAUCCAGGUCCCUACAAAUGACCCAAUUUCGUUCCUUUUUAUGGCUGAGUAAUAUUCCACUGUAUAUAUGUACCACAUCUUCUUGAUCCAUUUGUCUGUUGAUGGGCAUUUAGGUUACUUCCAUGACCUGGCUAUUGUAAAUAGUGCUGCAAUGAACAUUGGGGUGCAUGAGUCUUUUUGAAUUGCGGUUUUCUCUGGGUAUAUGCCCAGUAGUGGGAUUGCUGGGUCAUAUGGUAGUUCCAUUUGUAGUUUUUUAAGGAACCUCCAUACUGUUCUCCAUAGUGGCUGUAUCAAUUUACAUUCCCACCAACAGUGCAAGAGAGUAGUUCCCUUUUCUCCACACCCUCUCCAGCAUUUGUUGUUUAUAGAUUUUCUGAUGAUGCCCAUUCUAACUGGUGUGAGGUGAUACCUCAUUGUAGUUUAGAUUUGCGUUUCUCUAAUAAUUAGUGAUGUUGAGCAUCUUUUCAUGUGCUUCUUGGCCAUCUGUAUGUCUUCUUUGGAGAAAUGUCUACUUAGGUCUUCUGCCCAUAUUUGGACUGGGUUGUUUGUUAUUUUAAUAUUGGGCUGCAUGAGCUGUUUAUAUAUUUUGGAGAUUAAUCCUUUCUCCAUUGAUUCAUUGGCAAAUAUUUUCUCCCAUUCAGAGGGUUGUCAUUUCAUCUUGUUUGUAGUUUCCUUUGCUUUGCAAAAGCUUUGAAGUUUCAUUAGGUCCCAUUUGUUCAUUUUUGUUUUUAUUUCCAUUACUCUAGGAGGUGGAUCAAAAAAGAUCUUGCUGUGAUUUAUGUCAGAGAGUGUUCUUCCUGUGUUUUCCUCUAAGAGUAUUUAUAGUGUCUGGUCUUACAUUUAAGUCUCUAAUCCAUUUUGAGUUUAUUUUUGUGUAUGGUGUUAGGGAGUGUUCUAAUUUCAUUCUUUCACAUGUAGCUGUCCAGUUUUCCCAGCACCACUUAUUGAAGAGACUGUCUUUUCUCCAUUGUGUAUCCUUGCCUCCUUUGUCAUAGAUUAGUUGACCAUAGGUGCGUGGGUUUAUCUCUGGGCUUUCUAUCUUGUUCCAUAGAUCUAUGUUUCUGUUUUUGUGCCAGUCUUGAUUACUGUAGCUUUGUAGUAGAGUCUGAAGUCAGGGAGCCUGAUUCCUCCAGUUUCGUUUUUUUCCCUCACGACUACUUUGGCUAUUCGGGGUCUUUUGUGUCUCCGUACAAAUUUUAAGAUUUUUUGUUUUAGUUCCAUAAAAAAUGCCAUUGGUAAUUUGAUAGGGAUUGCUUUGAAUCUGUAGAUUGCUUUGGGUAGGAUAGUCAUUUUCACAAUGUUGAUUCUUCCAAUCCAAGAACAUGGUAUAUCUCUCCAUCUGUUAGUAUCAUCUUUAAUUUCUUUCAUCAGUGUCUUAUAGUUUUCUGCAUACAGGUUUUUUGUCUCCCUAGGUAGGUUUAUUCCUAGGUAUUUUAUUCUUUUUGUUGCAAUAGUAAAUGGGAGUAUUUCCUUAAUUUCUCUUUCAUAUUUUUCAUCAUUAGUGAAUAGGAAUGGAAGAGAUUUCUGUGCAUUAAUUUUGUAUCCUGCAACUUUACCAAAUUCAUUGAUUAGCUCUAGUAAUUUUCUGGUGGCAUCUUUAGGAUUCUCUAUGUAUAGUAUCAUGUCAUCUGCAAACAGUGACAGUUUUACCUCUUCUUUUCCCAUUUGGAUUCCUUUUAUUUCUUUUUUUUCUCUGAUUGCCAUGGCUAGGACUUCCAAAACUAUGUUGAAUAAUAGUGGUGAGAGUGGACGUCCUUGUCUUGUUCCUGAUCUUAGAGUAAAGGCUUUCAGUUUCUCACCAUUGAGAAUGAUGUUUCCUGUGGGUUUGUCAUAUAUGGCCUUUAUUAUGUUGAGAUGAGUUCCCUCUAUGCCCACUUUCUGGAGAGUUUUUAUCAUAAAUGGGUGUUGAGUUUUGUCAAAAACUUUUUCUGCAUCUAUUGAGAUGAUCAUAUGGUUUUUAUUCUUCACUUUGUUAUUAUGGUAUAUCACAUUGAUUAAUUUGCAUAUAUUGAAGAAGUCUUGCAUCCCUGGGAUAAAUCCCACUUGAUCAUGGUGUACGAUCCUUUUAAUGUGCUGUUGGAUUCUGUUUACUAGUAUUUUGUUGAGGAUUUUUGCAUCUAUAUUCAUGAGUGAUAUUGGCCUGUAAUUUUCUUUUUUUGUAAUAUCUUUGUCUGGUUUUGGUGUCAGGGUAAUGGUGGCCUCAUAGAAUGAGUUUGGGAGUGUUCCUUCCUCUGUAACUUAUUGGAAGAGUUUGAGAAGGACAGGUGUUAGCUCUUCUUAAAUGUUUGAUAGAAUUCACCUGUGAAGCCAUCUGGUCCUGGACUUUUGUUUGUUGGAAGAUUAUUAAUGACAGUUUCAAUUUCAUUACUUGUGAUUGGUCUGUUCAUAUUUUCUAUUUCUUCCUGGUUCAGUCUUGGAAAGUUAUACCUUUCUAAGAAUUUGUCCAUUUCUUCCAGGUUGUCCAUUUUAUUGGCAUAGAGUUGCUUGUAGUAAUCUCUUAGGAUGCUUUGCAUUUCUGUGGUGCCUGUUGUAACUUCUCCUUUUUCAUUUCUAAUUUUAUUGAUUUGAGUCCUAUCUCUCGUGUUCUUGAUGAGUAUGACUAAUGGUUUAUCAACUUUGUUUAUCUUCUCAAAGAACCAGCUUUUAUUAGUUUUAUUGAUGUUUGCUAUUGUUUUCUCUGUUUCUAUUUCAUUUAUUUCUGCUCUGAUCUUUAUGAUUUCUUUCCUUCUGCUAACUUUGGGUUUUGUUUGUUCUUCUUUCUCUGGUUCCCUUAGGUGUAAGGUUAAAUUGUUUAUUUGAGAUAUUUGUUGUUUCUUGAGGUAGGCUUGUAUUGCUAUAAACUUCCCUCUUAGAACUGCUUUUGCUGCAUCCCAUAGGUUUUGGAUCGUCAUGUUUUCACUGUCAUUUGUCUCUAGGUGUUUUUUGAUUUCCUCUUUGAUUUCUUCUGUUAUCUCUUGGUUAUUUAGUAAUGUAUUGUUUAGCCUUCAUGUGUUUGUGUUUUUUACAUUUUUUUUCCCUGUAAUUGAUCUCUAAUCUCAUAGCGUUGUUGUCAGAAAAGAUGCUUGAUAGGAUUUCAAUUCUGUUAAAUUUACUGAGGCUUGAUUUGUGACCCAAGUUGUGAUCUAUCCUGGAGAAUGUUCCGUGCGCACUUGAGAAGAAAGUGUAAUCUGUUGUUUUUGGAUGGAAUGUCCUAUAAAUAACAAUUAAAUCUAUCUGGUCUAUUGUGUCAUUUAAAGCUUGUGUUUCCUUGUUAAUGUUCUGUUUGAAUGAUCUGUCCAUUGGUGUAAGUGAGGUGUUAAAGUCCCCCACCAUUAUUGUGUUACUGUCGAUUUCCUCUUUUAUAGCUGUUAGCAGUUGCCUUAUGUAUUGAGGUGCUCCUAUGUUGGGUGCAUAUAUAUUUAUAAUUGUUAUAUCUUUUUUUUGGAUUGAUCUCUUGAUCAUUGUGUAGUGUCCUUCCUUGUCUCUUGUGACAUUCUUUAUUUUAAAGUCUAUUUUAUCUGCUAUGAGAAUUUCUACUCCAGCUUUCUUUUGAUUUCCAUUUGCAUGAAAUACCUUUUUCCAUCCCCUCAUUUUCAGUCUGUAUGUGUCCCUAGGUCUGAAAUGGGUCUCUUGUAGGCAGCAUAUAUAUGGGUCUUGUUUUUGUAUCCAUUCAGCAAGCCUGUGUCUUUUGGUUGGAGCAUUUAAUCCAUUCACAUUUAAGGUACUUAUCGAUAUGUAUGUUCCUAUUACCAUUUUCUUAAUUGUUUGGGGUUAGUUUUUGUAGGUCCUUUUCUUCUCUUGUGUUUUCCACUUAGAGAAGUUCCUUUAGCAUUUGUUGUGGAGCUGGUUUGGUGGUGCUGAAUUCUCUUAGCUUUUGCUUGCCUGUAAAGCUUUGAUUUCUCCAUCGAAUCUGAAUGAGAUCCUUGCCUGGUAGAGCAAUCUCGGUUGUAGGUUCUUCCCUUUCAUCACUUUAAGUAUAUCAUGCCACUCCCUUCUGACUUGUAGAGUUUCUGCUGAGAAAUCAGCUGUUAACGUUAUGGGAGUUCCCUUCUAUGUUGUUUGUCGUUUUUCCCUUGCUGCUUUCAGUAAUUUUUCUUUGUCUUCAAUUUUUGCCAAUUUGAUUACUAUGUGUCUCGGAGUGUUUCUCCUUGCGUUUUCCUGUAUGGGACUCUCUGUGUUUCCUGGACUUGGGUGGCUGUUUCCUUUUCCAUGUCAGGCAAGUUUUUGACUAUAAUCUCUUCAAAUAUUUCUCGGGUCCUUUCUCUCUCUCUUCUUCUGGGACCCCUAAAAUGCGAAUGUUGUUGUGUUUAAGAGGUCUCUUAGGCUGUCUUCAUUUCUUUGCAUUCUUUUUCUUUAUUCUGUUCUGCAGCAGUGAAUUCCACAAUUCUGUCUUCCAGGUCAGUUAUCCAUUCUUCUGCCUCAGUUAUUCUGCUAUUGAUUCCUUCUAGUGUAUUUUUCAUUUCAGUUAUUGUAUUGUUCAUCUCUGUUUGUUUGUUCUUUAAUGCUUCUAGGUCUUUGUUAAACAUUUCUUGCAUCUUCUCGAUCUUUGCCUCCAUUCUUUUUCUGAGGUCCUGGAUCAUCUUCACUGUCAUUAUUCUGAAUUCUUUUUCUGGAAGGUUGCCUAUCUCCACUUCAUUUAGUUGUUUUUCUGGGGUUUUAUCUUGUUCCUUCAUCUGGUACAUAGCCCUCUGCUUUUUCAUCUUGUCUAUCUUUCUGUGAAUGUGGUUUUUGUUCCACAGGCUGAAGGAUUGUAGUCUUUCUUGCUUCUGCUGUCUGCCCUCCUGUGGAUAAGGCUAUCUAAGAGGCUUGUGCAAGUUUUUUGAUGGGAGGGACUGGUGGUGGGUAGAGCUGGGUGUUGCUCUGGUGGGCAGAGCUCAGUAAAAUUUUAGUCCACUUGUCUGCUGAUGGGUGGGGCUGGGUUCCCUCCCUGUUGGUUGUUUGGCCUGAGGCCACCCAACACUGGAGCCUACCUGGGCUCUUUGGUGGGGCUAAUGGUGAACUCUGGGAGCGCUCAUGCCAAGGAGUACUUCCCAGAACUUCUGCCGCCAGUGUCCUUGUCUUCAUGGUGAGACACAGCCACACCCGCCUCUGCAGGAGAGCCUCCAACACUAACAGGUAGGUCUGGUUCAGUCUCCCCUGGGGUCACUGCUCCUUCCCCUGGGUCCCGAUGCGCACACUACUUUGUGUGUGCCCUCCAGGAGUGGAGUCUCUGUUUACCCCAGUCCUGUCGAACUCCUGCAGUCAAAUCCCGCUAGCCUUCAAAGUCUGAUUCUCUAGGAAUUCCUCCUCCUGUUGCCAGACCCCCAGGUUGGGAAGCCUGACGUGGAGCUCAGAACCUUCACUCCAGUGGGUGGACUUAGGUGGUAUAAGUGUUCUCCAGUUUCUGAGUCACCCACCCAGAAGUUAUGGGAUUUGAUUUUAUUAUGAUUGCACCCCUCCUACUGUCUCAUUUUGGCUUCUCCUUUGUCUUUGGAUGUGGGGUAUCUUUUUUGAUGAGUUCCAGUGCCUUCCUGUCGAUGAUUGUUCAUCAGUUAGUUGUCAGUGUGUGUUGUAUAAUUCUUAAAGUGGUUUACAAAUAUGUGCUAUUCUGAGGUCAAAAGAAAGCCUGGAACUCUCUUAAGGUAAAACAUUUACCUACUAAAGAGUUGUGCACAGUGUAUAUUCUUUGGGAUGCAUUCUCUAAUCCUUAUGAGAUCCUUGAUUCUGAGCUUCGUGCUCUACCCAUAUAUGGCAAAUUGGAUAGGUGGUGAAUACCUUAGAUAAGAUAUUUCUGGGAAUAAGUUGACUUCUCUGUUAAGUUUUAGACUGGGUUCAUCAACUUAGAUAUGAAACCUCACCAUUGUAUAUCAAGCCAUUUUUAAGACCAGAAAUGCAUGUGGUACAAUUUAGAUGAUUAGAGAUAAAGUAUGUUGUCAGCCAAAUGAUUGUUGUUUGUCAUUGUCUGCAUGGUAGGGAAGGUGGUAUUACUGGGUUCACUUUAUUUUAGUCAAACUGGAAAUGUAAAGCAUAAUAAAAAUAAGUUCAUUUGGUAUCAAAAUAAACUACCAAGUCAGAAGAGAGUUCUCGGCUUGUUUGUAGGCUGGAGACACACAUUUAAUGGUAUUGUGAUUUAUAAUGGAAAACAGGUUCAUUUGUUGGAAAAGAUGUUGAAAUGGGACCAAGCCCACAGGAUGCCAUUUUAAGAGCUAGAGACAGUAUUUUCUCUCCAAAUGGGCGAAAAAAUCUAGUCUUUUGAUAUGACUCAUAGAAAUAACUUAUUUUUAGAACACAUUUAAGUUUUGGUUUUCUCCAAGUUUACAGCAUAUGGAUUUGUCAGUCAUGUAGAUGUGCUUCCGGAUGACAUGGAAGAAAUUUGGUAACAGAAUGAAUAAUGCUGUAGGUUUAUGGCUGUCUACUUAAAAAUACUUUGACAGGUAGUUAAUGUAGGAACUGCCUUCAGAUCGUUUGUGCUUUUAUGGUGUUUUUGUUUCUCCAUUUUGUUAAAGUGUAAGAUCCUGGGAGAGUGUAAUAAGUAGACAUCAGCUUUGUUUGUUAAUGUUUCCCCAAAAAAAGGAAGAUCAGGUUUUGUUCCCAUUCACCUGAAAACUUCAUCUGUUAAGGACAGAUUGUAAAUGUUAGACUUUGCAGGCUACAUAUGGUUUCUGUUGUUUAUUCUCUUUUGUUUUGUUUUUUUAUAACCCUUUAAAAGUGUAGAAGUCGGGCUUCCCUGGUGGCGCAGUGGUUGAGGGUCCGCCUGCCAAUGCAGGGGACACGGGUUCGUGCCCCGGUCUGGGAAGAUCCCACAUGCCGUGGAGCGGCUGGGCCCGUGAGCCAUGGACACUGAGCCUGUGCGUCCGGAGCCUGUGCUCCGCAAGGGGAGAGGCCACAACAGUGAGAGGCCUGCAUACCGCAAAAAAAAAAAAAAAGCGUAGAAGCCAUUCUUAGCUCUUAGGCCAUAAAAACAGGCGUCAGGCCAGAUUUGGCCUGUGGGCCAUAAUUUGCUGAUUCCUAGACUAGAGAUCAAAGUACAGACCCCAGUCUUAGAGCAUGUGAAUUCUGUUUGUAAUGCCUGGGUUUUUGGGGUUUUUUUUUAGUUUUUGUUUUCAUGUUUAUUUUGGUCAUAUACGAAACACUGAACCACAGCCAAAUCUUACCCUGAGGAAACUCUUCCCAGUAAUGAAGAAAAAAGAUUUGUGCACCUAAAAGUGUAAUCAUGUAAAAUUUAAGAAACAGUACAGCCAUAGAAGGUAUAAGAUGCCAAGUAAAAACACAAAAACCUGUUCAACAUCACUAGCCAUUGGUAUGGUACAAAUUAGAACCAGAAUGAGAUGUUACUACAUACCUAUUAGAAUGGCUAAAAUAAGAAAUACUGAUAAUAUUAAAUGCUGGCAAGGAUGUGGAGAGAUUGGAUCUCUUCUGCAUUGGUAUUGGGCAUGGAAAAUAAUAUAGCCACUCCUGAAUUCAGCCUGGCAUUUUGUUAAAAAGAAAGUACCAUAUGACCCAACAAUUACAUUCCUGGGCAUUUAUCUUGGAGAAAUGAAACUUAGUGUUCACAUAAAAACCUGUACAUAAGUAUUCAUAGCUUUAUUUAUAGUAGCCAAAAAAUGGAAAUGACUAAAAUAUACUUCUACGAGUAAAUGGUUACACAAACUGUGGUAUGUCCAUACAGUGGAGUAGUAUUCAACAGUGAAAAAGAACAAUCUAUUAAUACACACAACUUGGAUAGAAGUUAGGGGCAUUAUGCUGAGUGAAAAUAGCCAGUCUCAAAAUAUUGCAUACUGUAUGAUUACAUUUAUCUAAUGUUCUUGAAGUGACAUUAUUAUGGAUAUGGAGAACAGACAAGUUGUUGCAAAAAGUUAAGAAAGGAGAGGGAAGAUAAAACUAUAAAGAGAUAUCACAUAGAACUUUCUUUGUGAUGAUAAAACAAUUCUGUAUCUUGAUUAUAAUGAUGGUUAUGUGAAUCUAUACAUGUGAUAAAAUCUCAUAAAAGUAUACACAAAAACGUGUAAAAGAGUGAGUGCAUGUAAAAAAUGGUGAAGCCUGAGUAAGCUCUGUAGUCUAAUUAAUUGUAUGCCAAACAAUUACCUAUUUUUGAUAAUGCACGAUGGUUAUUAUAAGAUGUCAACAUUGGAGAAACUGGGUAAUGGGUGCACAGGACCUCUUUGUACUAUUUUUACAACUUCUUUUGAGUCUUUAAUUAUUUCCCAACAAGAAAUUACAGAGAGCAUGAUGUAGGGAGGGGAAAAAAGAUGGGAAGAGGGAGAAAGGGAGAAAGAGAGAAAGAUAGAAACAGUGAGGGCUUCUAGGCUAGAAGUAGAAUAAAAAGGACUGAAUUACCCUUCUACUUAAACCAACAACAACAAAAAUUUUUAAAUAGACAAAAUACAUGAAAAAACAGUUUCUAAGAUACGGUACAUCAGGCAAUGAAAGAAAGUGAUCACUAAGAACUGGGAAGCAAGCAAAAUGAGUCCCUGCUUACUCCCUCGAGAGUCUUCAGGCUGUAGUACAUGGAGAAGGGACUAAUGUAGAGCCCAGCAGACUCCUUGAAUUGAGGAAACCAUAAGGAGAGUCCACAGAGAUUGAUAGCUAGAGUUUAUAAAGUACCAGAAGGAACAGAACCUAAUGCUCACACAAGUCCAGGAAAAACGCCUAUCCCACCUGCCAGACUGGAAAAUACCAUAACUCAUGGAGCACUGGGUAGAGCACUUAGUAGUUGGAAAGAGCCCUAGACUGCGCAUUCCUCCAGAACUGCCUAACAAAUCAUAAAACAAGAGAUGAAAAGUUGAAAUUGUUUCCAAGUACUUUAACUGCACAAAGCUUGAGAUUUACAGAAAUACAAAAAUGCCUGGAACCCAACAAAAUAAAAUUCACCAUGUCUGGCAUCCAAUCAAAGAUUAUCAGACAUGCAAAUAGGCAAGAAAUCAUGACCCAAGAUGAAGUGAAUGUCAAUCGAAACCUAUACAGAAAAGACACAGAUGUUAGAAUUAGCAGAGAAGAAAAAUAAAAUAGUUAUUAUAACUGAAUUCCACAUGUUGGGAUAAAGUUAAGUAAGACAUGGAAGAUAUAAAAAAGACCAAAAUUGAAUUUCUAGAAAUGAAAACUACAAUAUCUGAGACGAAAAAUACAGAGGAUGUGAUUAGACAUAAAAGGAUAUUUCUUGGGCAAAACUGAUUAAUUGCAUACUUGCUCAAAACCUAGUGUACUGUUGACUUUUUCAUUAUUCCAAAUAAUUGAGAGAAAAUAUAAUGAUGGGCAGCAUUAUAACUAGCUCAAAAAUAUUUGCUUGUAAAAAUUUGUUGCUAAGAUGUCCUGGGUUGCACUUUUGUCAAGGGAAGAACAGAUAAAAAAUGUUGACAUUAAAAUAUUUGGUUUUACGGGAUUGUGUGUGGUGUUAGAGCUUUUGUUUGUGAAAAACAUGCAUUAAAACUAAGACUUCAGGGGCUUCCCUGGUGGCGCAGUGGUUGGGAGUCUGCCUGCCGAUGCAGGAGACACAGGUUCGUGUCCCAGUCUGGGAGGAUCCCAUGUGCCGCGGAGCGGGUGUGCCCGUGAGCCAUGGCCACUGGACCUGCACAUCCAGAGCCUGUGCUCCGCAACGGGAGAGGCCACAGCAGUGAGAGGCCGGCAUACCACAAAAAAAAUAAUAAAAAUAAAUAAAUAAAUAAGAUUUCAGAGUAGUUAUUUAAAUCCUUUUUCAAAAGUGUAUAAUUUAUUUUCCUAGCCAGCUGGUAAGCUUUUUGAGGGCAUUACCAUGUCUUUUUACAUGUUUUGAACCUCCCUAAAAUACUUAGCAUGAUGCUUCCCAUAGUGGGUGGUCAGUAGUGUUUAUAAUGUAAAAGAGGGAAUCCUCCAGCUGUGAUGCACUGAAAUUUAACCUGUUCCUAAUAAGACAGCACCAAAUUAUCCCUCAGAAUGUAAGUAAACAAAGUCUGUUACGAGGUUUGGAGUGGGGAGUGGUGGGGUGGGGGGCAGGAAGAAGCUCACCUUAGCCAAGAGGCUUAUUUUUAAACAAGGCUAUUUUUAAACAAGCAACAGAAAUUCUGCCAAUUACUCCUUAGAGCCUUAUCUUUGUCCAUGGCUAGAGCUGAUUAGAUCAGGUGCAUUUUGGGUUAAAUAAUGAGUAAUGCUUAUCAACCAGGUAUUUGGAAAUCACUCAGUCAGUCAAACUUGGAUAUUUAUAUACUUGAGUAGAUUUGGACAUGGCAGAUUUUGAGAGCAAAUGCUAGAGUUUAAAAACAUGUCCUGAGAAGAAACUUUUCUCUCACUUAAAGGAAGCCAAGCCACAGGGGGAUAGGUUAGUCAUUUCCCAUUUCUUGGUCAAAAAAAUAUUGUCUGAUUUUCAUUGGUAAAGGGGAUUAAAUAAGGAACAAGGUGUCUGCAGCCCCAAGUUCCAAUCUCUGUUACAAGAUUUUUGUAGGAAGGAAUUUAUAAACUUUACAAAUAAGAAUUAGAAUCUCCACAGAUUCAACCCAAAGUACAGAGCUUUCAGUAAAUUUCUUAUUCGCAAGAUAAAGCUAUUUUCCAGCAACUUAAAUGGAACUUUACAAACUGUCUUGCUUGUGAGUAUUGUCCCUAAGCUAAAAUCACUUGUGUGUUCAUUUUGUUAGUAACAAUAGUACUGUGCAUGGUCUCCUCUGCUGCAGAAGGAAAUGGGUAGAUUUGGCUUCUCCUUCCAUAAGCAAGAAACUCAUGAUUGAGGAGGUAAAAGAUCUUAGAUAUUUGGGAAACCCUUACUAUUGUUGAUGCUUUACUAUUGCUAUUAAAAUGUGUAAAAAAUAAUAGAACAACCAAUAUUCAGGAUUACCAGUUCUUUCCUCUACGUUUAUUUGAAUUACUAGAAAAAGAAGUUCUGUACUAUACAAAAGCUAUUGGUUGUAGAUACCUUGAAAUCCUGACCUGCUAAAUGUGGUAAGGCACAAAAAGAUGAACAGAUUAAAAUUGAUAAAGUUGAACCCCUUAAUGAUGAAGAUUGGGGGAAAAGAGAAGCUUCUAAUACAGGGAUUACUAGUUGGAAUGAGAGAGAUUUUAAGCAGUUUACUGAGACGUGGGUUGUGAUGAUACUGAAAAUACAGCAAGAGAAGUGGAAGGAAAAAGAAACUCUAGAGAAAGUCAUUGAAUAUGCUGCUGUCUUUUGGGAAAGAUCCAGUGAAGAUGUAGAUAGAUAAGAUUAUGGCUCAGAUUAAAGGGGAGAGACAAGAAUUCACAGGAGAAUUUGUAUCACACAAAAGCACUUGACACAAAGAUUGAAUGGUACAAAGCACCUUUUCAGCAGCUGGGAACAUCAUAUGAUACUAACAAAGGAGAAAACUGUCCUAGAGAAGAGAGUUGUUUCCUGAUUUGUGUGCUUGGAUUCAACAAAGAAAAUGUAUAUGAUGAAUUGAGCCAGUGUAUUCACAACAUUCAUCAGUUCAGAUUUGACUGGUCUCUUAAGUUCAGAAUUGCAGUGGAUCUCCAGAGGAGGUGUAGCAUCUUAACUACCUUGAUUGAAAGAAAAAACAGAACUAGAAGACUAGAGAUGGGAAACAAACCAGGUGAGCUCAAUGAUUGCCAUAGCCUAUUACCUUGAGAGUGUUUCCAGGCUGCAGGGCAGGGAUGGGUAUCGUAGUCAGAGCCCAACAGACUCACCAAGUGGAGGAGACCAGGGCUGCUAGAGUUAACAAGAGAAAGUUCCAGAGCAAACAGAGGUACACAGGGUGCCCAUGACUGUUCAGCAAAGUACAGAUCAGCAUCUGUGUGAGGAAACCACCUGAUACAUGCUACAAUAUGACUGAACCUCAUAAUAAUUAUGCUGAAAUAACCUAGAUAUUUUUUAAAAGACUACGUAUUGUAUAUUUUGUAUGACUCCAUUUAUUAAAAUCUUAGAAAAUGCAACUAAUCCAAAGUGACACAAAGUAGAUUAGUAAUUAUCGAAGGAUUGGUGGGGGUCGGGGGGGUUGUAGAGGUGACAGGCCGGGUGGGGCAUGAGGGAAAGAUUACAAAGGGGCACAAGGAAACUUAGGAGUGAUGGAUAUGUUCAUUAUCUUGAUUGAGGAGAUGGUUUUGCAGACUUUUACAUAUGUAAAAACAUUACAUUACAUACUUUAAAUACAUGUAUUAUUUUGUCAAUUGCACUUAAAUAAAGCUCUUUUUAAAACCUGCAUCCAAAAAAAAUACAAACAAAAAACAGAGUAGUUUCCCUUUCAGAGUGGUUCUGAGGAAAAGAAAGGAGAGAACAAGCCCAAGUAACCUAUUUGCAACUCUCUUCCAACUCAGGUUGUCUUUACUAAGAUUUUUGCAGUUCAAAAGUGUUUUUCAGUUUUAGAGGUGUAGUGUUAGGAUCUAUGUAGUCAAAUAUUGCUCUUGUCAAUCAAGAUAUAACUUUAUGCAAUUUUGUGUUUCAGGCCUCCUGAAUCAAGCAAGCAAACAUGAAAAAUGGAUUAAGGCUGAUGCUCCAAAAGGCACUGUAAGCUUUAGAAGCCAAAGCUGGUUUCAGUCCCUGAAACUGCAGGACUGAGAAUGGUUUGAGUUAUGUUUCUAAAUUUUAACAACGAUUAGUAGAUCUGUGACUACAAAAACUCAAAUACCACUGUUCAUAUAAAUGUUGAAAACAAUAAAUUGGGAUGUCUUGGGGCAGCCUUUUCAAAAUUUGUACUUAGCUAUUAGUUUUCUUCUGUAACAAAUUACCACAAACUUAUUGACUUAAAAUAAUACCUGUUUGCCCUGGGAUCUCCUGGACCCUGACUCCACCCAGCAGUAACCCAGCACUAGCCCCAGGGCCUCCCAGGGUUCUGCCAUCAACCAUCAACCAGUGGCCAGCAGCAUCUGCACAAGGCAGGACCUGGCAACCAAGCAGACCAGGGGCCAAUCUAGCCUAUCAGACCACCUACAUAGUCAGCCUGCCAAAACAGAAAGACCCACACAAUCCUCAUAGGAGGAACCCCUAGAGCAUAUAACUGUUGAGAGGAGAGUGCACUGCUGGAACACAAAAGGUCACUUCUUCAAGGUUGGGAAACAUAACCAACCUACCAGGUACAUAAAAAUAAAAACAACUAGUUAGGCAAAAUGAGGCAACAGAGGAACAUAUUCCAAACAAAGGAUUGAGAUAAAACACCAGAAAAAGAACUAAGUGAAGUGGAGAUAUGCAAUCUAACCAAGAAAGAGUUCAGGAGUGUGAUUGUACAGAUGAUCAAAGAACUUGGGAAACAAAUGGAUGCACAGAGUGAGACAUUAGAAGUUUUUAACAAAGAGUUAGAAAAUAGAAAGAACAACCGAACAGAGAUGAAGAAUACAAUAACUGAAAUGAAAAAUACACUAGAGGGAAUCAAUAGUAGACUAAAUGAUACAGGGAAAUGGAUUAGUGAGCUGGAAGACAGAGUAGUGGAAAUCAGUGAUGCUGAAGGAAAAAAAAAUGAAAAGAAAUGAGGACAGUUUAGGAGACUUCUGGGACAUCAAGCUCACUAAUAUUUGCAUUAUAGGAUUCCCAGAAGGAGAAGAGAAAGAGAAAGGGGCUGAGAACAUAAUUGAAGACAGUAGCUGAAAACUUCCCUAACCUGGGAAGGGGAAACAGACAUCUAAGUCUAGGAAGUGCAGUGAGCACCAUACAGGAUUAACCUAAAGAGGCAGACACCAAGACACAUUGUAAUUAAAAUGGCAAAAAUUAAAGAUAAAAGAGAAUAUUAAAAGCAGCGAGGGAAAAGCAACAUGUUACAUAAAAGGGAACUCCCAUAAGGCUAUCACCUGACUUUUCAGCAGAAACUCUUCAGGCCAGAGCAGCAUGGCAUGAUAUAUUUGAAGUGAUGAAAGGGAAAAACCAAAACCCAAUAAUACUCUGCAAGGUUCUCAUUCAGAUUUGAUGAAGAGAUAAAAAGCUUUACAGAGAAGCAAAAGCCAAGAGUUCAGCAUCACCAAAUCGGCUUUAAAGAAAUGUUAAAGGAACUUCUGAAAGCAAAAAAGGACACAAGAAACAUGAAAAUCAUGAAAGGAGAAAGCUCAUUGGUAAAGGCAAACAUAUAGUAAAGGUAGGAAAUCAUUCAUGCACAAAGCUAGUAGGAAGGUUGAAAGACAAAAGUAGUAAAAUUGUCUAUAUCCACAAUAAGUAGUUAAGGGAUACACAAGACAAUUAUAUGUAAAAAAUGAUAUCAAAAACAGUAAUCAUGAGGGUAGGAGAGUACAAAUUCUGUUAAAAUGCAUUGGAAAUUAAGAGAUCAGCAACUUCAAACAAUCGUGUAUAUAUAGAUUGCUAUAUGUAAAUCUCAUGGUAACCACAAACGAAAAAUCUAUAAAAGAUACGCAAAAAAGAAAAAGGAAUCCAAAUAUAACACUACAGGUAGUCAUCAAAUCACAAAAGAAGAGAACAAAAGAAGGAACAAAAAAGACAUACAAAAACAACCCCAAAACAGUGAACAAUAUGGCAAUAAGAAUGUACAUAUCGAUAAUUGCUUUAAGUAUAAAUGGAUUAAAUGCUCCAAUCAAAAGAAAAUUGAUAAACCUUUAGCCAGAUUCAUGAAGAAAAAAAGAGGAUCCAAAUCAAUAAAAUCAGAAAUGAAAAAGGGGAAGUUACAACUGAUGCCAUGGAAAUACAGAGGAUCAUAAGAGACUACUAGAAACAACUAUGUGUCAAUAAAAUGGACAAUGUUGAAGAAAUGGGCAAAUCCUAGAAAUGUACAAUCUUCCAAGAGUGAACCAGCAAGAAGCAGAAAAUAUGAACAGACCAAUUAAAAAUAAUGAAAUUGAAUUAGUAAUUUAAAAAAACCCUUCCAACAAACAAAAGUCCAUGACCUGAUGGCUUCACAGAUGAAUUCUGCCAAACAUUUAGAGAAGAGUUAACACUUACGCUUAUUAUACUAUUCCAAAAAAUUGCAGAGGAAGGAACACUUCCAAACUGAUUCUACAUGGCCAGCAUCACCCUGAUACCAAAAGUAGACAAAGAUAUCUCACACAUACACAAAUUACAGGCAAUUAUCACUGAUGAACAUUGAUGUAAAAAUCCUCAAUAAAACAUUAGUAAACCGAAUCCAACAAUACAUCAAAAGGAUCAUAUACCAUGAUCAAGUGGGAUUUAUCCUAGGGAUGCAAGAAUUUUUCAAUAUCCACAAAUCAAUCAGUGUGAUACGCCACAUUAAUGAAGAAUAAAAACCAUAUGAUCAUCCCAAUAGAUGCAGAAAAAGCUUUUGACAAAAUUCAGCAUCCAUUUGUGAUUAAAAACUCUCCAGAAAGUGGGCCUAGAGGGAACACACCUCAACAUAAUAAAGGCCAUAUAUGACAAACCAAUGCUAACAUCAUACUUAGUGGUGAAAAGCUGAAAGCAUUUCCUCUAAGAUCAGUAACAAGACAAGGAUGCCCAUUCUUGCCACUUUUAUUCUGCAUAGUUUUGGAAGUCCUAGCCACAGCAGUCAGACAAGAAAAAGAAAUAAAUGGAAUCCAAAUUGGAAAGGAAGAAGAAAAACUGUACUGUUUGCAGAUGACAUACUAUACAUAGAAAAUCCUGAAGAUACCACCAAAAACUACUAGAGCUCAUCACUAAAUUUGUGAAGUUGCAGGAUACAAAAUUAAUACACAGAAAUCUGUUGUGUCUCUAUACACUAACAAUGAACUAUCAAAAAGAGAAAUUAAGAAAACAAUCCCAUUUACCAUCACAUCAAAAAGAAUAAAAUACCUAGGAAUAAACCUACCUAAGUAGGUAAAAGACCUGUACUUGGAAAACUAUAAGACACUUACGAAAGAAAUUGAAGGCAAUCCAAACAGAUGGAAAGGUAUGCUGUGUUCAUGGAUUGGAAGAAUUAAUAUUGUAAAAUGACCAUACUAGCCAAGGCAAUCUACAGAUUCAAUGCAAUCUAUAUCAAAAUACCAAGGGCAUCUUUUUCACACAACUAAAAUAAUUAUUCCUAAAAUUUGUGUGGAAACACAGAAGACCCUGAAUAACUAAAAAAAAUCUUCAGAAAGAAGAACAGAGCUGGAGGAAUCAUGCUCCCUGUCUUCAGACUAUACUGUAAAGCUACAGUUAUCAAAACAGUGUGGAAUUGGCACAAAAACAGAUAUGUAGAUCAGUGGAACAGAAUAGAGACCCAGGAAGUAAACCCACACACUUACAGUCAAUUAAUCUAUGACAAAGGAGGCAAGAAUAUAUUACAGUGAAAAAAAGUCUUUUCAAUAAGUGGUGCUGGGAAAACUGGACAGCUACAUGUAAAAGACUAGAAUUAGAAUAUUUUCUAAAACCAUAUGCAAAAACAAACUCAAAAUGGAUUAAAGAUCUAAAUGUAAUACCAGAAAGCAAAACUUGUAGAAGAAAGCAUAGGCGGAACACUCUUUGACAUAAAUUGUAGCAAUAUUUUGGGAGAUCUGUCUCCUAAAGCAAAGGAAAUAAAAGCAAAGAUAAACAAAUGGAACCUAAUUAAAUUUAAAAGCUUUAGCACAGCAAAGGAAAUCAUCGACAAAAUAAAAAGGCAGCCUACUGAAUGGGAGAAAAUAUUUGCAAAUGAUAUGACCCAUAGAGGUUUAUAUCCAAAAUAUACAACAGCUUUUACAACUCAACAUAAAAAAAAAAAAAGAAAAAAGAAACCUGAUUAAAAAAUGGGCAGAAGACCCAAAUAGAUAUUUUUCUAAACAAGUCAUACAGAUGGGCACAGGCACUUGAAAAGAUGCUCAACAUCAUUAAUAAUCAGAGAAAUUCAAAAUAAAACCCCAAUGAGAUAUCACCUCACAUUUGUCAAAAUGGCUAUCAUUGUAAAAGAUCACAAAAAAUGUUGGCAAGGAUGUGGAGAAAAGGCAAACUUCUUACACUUGGUGAGAAUGUAAAUUGGUGCAGCCACCAUGGAAAACAGUAUGGAGGUUUAUCAAAAAAACAAAAAAUAAGACUAACAUGACCCAGCAAUUCCACUCCUGGGUAUUUAUCUGAAAAAAACAAAAAUACUAAUUUAAAAAGAUACAUGCACCCCAGUAGUCAUAGCGUUAUUUAUAAUUGGUAAAAUAUGGAAGCAACCUAAGUGUUCAUUAACAGAUGAAUGGAUAAAGAAGAUGUGGUAUGUACACACACACACACACACACACACACACACACACACACACACAGGAAUACUACUCAGCCAUGAAAAAGAAUGAAAUUUUGCCAUUUGCAGCAACAUGGAUGGACCUGGAGGGUAUUAUGCUAAGUGAAAUAAGUCAGAGAAAGACAGAUACUGUAUGAUAUCACUUGUAUGUGGAAUGUAAAAAAACAAUCUAGUGAAUAUAACAAAAAAGAAGCAGACUCAUAGAGAACACACAUCAGUGGUUACCAAUGGGGAGAGGGAAGUGGGGAGGGGCAGGAUAGGGGUAGGGGAUUACAAGGUACAAACUACUAUAUAUAAAAUAAGCUACAAGGAUAUAUAGUACAACACAGGAGAUAUAGCCAAUAUUUUAUAAUAACUAUAAAUGGAACAUAACCUUUAAAAAUUGUCAAUCACUAUGUUGUACACCUGAAACUUAUAUAAUAUUGUAUAUCAACUAUACCUCAUUAAAAUUUUUUGAAAAAUAAAAUCAGUUGUAAAGCUGAAAAAACUAAUACUAACACCUAUUUAUCAGCUCAUAGUUCUGUAGGUCGAGCUCAGCAUGGUUAGAUUCUCUGCUCGGGUUAUCCACAAGGCUGGACUUAAGGUAUUGUCCAGGCUGAGCUCUCAUCUAGAUGAUCUGAGGAAUAGUCUACUUCCAGGCUCAUUCGUAUUGUUGGCAAAAUGCAGUUCCUUGUGACUGUGUGACUGAGAUCUCUGUUUCCAUGCUGGCUGUCAGUUGGCAAUCACUCUAAAUUUCUAGAGGCCACCUGCAUUUCUUUUAUAUGGCCUUCUCUUCAGGCCAGCACUAAUGCAAUCAGUCCUUGUCAUGCUGUGAAUAUCUGAGCUCUUUUUCUGCAGCCACCUUGGGAUAACUCUGCUUUUAAAGAGCUCAGAGGAUUAGGUCAGGCCUACUCAGGAUAAUCUUUGUUUUGCCAUAUAAUGUAACAGUCAUGGAGUGAUAUCUCAUCAUAUUCAUAGUUUCCACUUAUACUCAAUAAGAAGACAUUUUACAAAAAUAUAGGUAAUAGGGGGCAGCUAUUUUGAAAUUCUUUGUACCAGAGCUCUUGUGUAACAUGUUUUCUACUGACUAUUGUGCUUACUAUGACAACAGUAUAACUUUAAGCUGUGAAUAAAACACAUCACAAAUAUGA